UAGUAGGCCUUCGAGUCUGACCACCGCCUCGCAGUAGCGGUGUCACUCUUUGGUAUACGUCUAUCGCGUAGCAGUGAUACUGGUAGCGACUUCUCCUGCUACAGCAGAUGCACACGACGGCACUGGUACAUCCUCCGACUUCGUUCAUGUCCACUGAAUCAACAUCGCAUGUUAAUGAAGGAGUAGGCGAGGAUCAGGUCAACCUGAAGAAUGCGGACAACGACCUCCGGUUGGAAAGACUCAAUACCUACAAUGGCCUUUGGAGAGUCAUGAUGCCACGGCGGUCUCUUGACGGAUCCUUGCCACACAACCUGUCCGACCGCAUACCUCUGGAAAUCAUCGAGAGUAUCAUCGACUGCAUGGUGCAAACCACGUUGGUUCCUACGGCGCAGGUUUGUCGUGCAUGGUAUCCCCGCGCCAUGUAUAACCUGUACUCCGCCAUCCGACUCCAAUCCCGCAGAUGCUAUAACCUGUUGGUCCAGCAAGUACGCACGUCGCCCCGCGUGAAGCAACGGCUCGCGACAACGGACGGCCUAAUCGUGAGACACUUCAUGAAGCGCAAAGGGGAUACUAUACCCUUCCUGGACGCUCUGCCCCUCGUCUUGGCCGACGCACUGUCCAGUUUGCGAGUGCUCAGCAUAGAGGGGGGGCUCCGUGCUGCUAUGCACCCGACUUUCUAUCUCGGCCUCUUACAGUUCAAGCACAUAGUGUCGCUGCGCUUGUGUUCUAUCAGGCUAAGCAACAUCAAGCAGUUGCAGCAGAUCGUCUACGCGUGCCCGCACGUAGCAGAGCUUGGCUUGCACCACGUCACCCUCAUGAAAACAGGUCCCGUUGGCCGGGGAUCCAGUCGUCCAGCACACAUCCGUUCUCGGACCGAAUCUACCACCUCGCUUCGACGACUCGACAUCAAAGCGAUGGACGGCUUCCAGCACGAAACGGAAUCUCUGAUGACUUCCGUAUCAAUAAUCGAUUGGCUUGUGGCCUCCACCAUAUGUACAUCUCUGCGUGAUCUGGAAUGGGACGUUGGCAAUCUGGCCGGGAUGGCGCGCGCGGGAAUCAUCUUCAAGCAGCUUGAUCGACUCCUCGAAGCAACUGGUACAUCUCUGUCGUCGUUUAAUGAUAAAACGAAGUGGGACAUGGCUUUCGUUGGAUACGAGUCUUAUAUCAGUGUUCUCAAUCUUGUCCACAGCACUGCCCUACGGGACUUGGCGUGCACUGCGAAUAUUGAUACCGUUGCGUGCAAGCGGAAGUACGGCUGGUCCGUUGUGGCAAGCUAUCUGUGCAGAAUCCUCUCCACAGUCCGAAGCUACCAGCUCCAGCGCAUCAUGAUCGACAUAUACUUCGGUCCCGAGCUAGCGACUACCGAGCCCAUGCCCUUCCGGGCCCACUGGGAGGAGGAGGAGGAGGAGGAAAAGGAGGAGGUAUGGGGGAGGCGUCUAUUGAAGCUCAUGCGCGAUUUACACAGCGUCAUGGUCCAACCGUACUUUGGCGCGUUAACUGCUGUCCACGUCGCUAUUGAGUACGCGCUUAGCCUUGGGACUCGGAAACGGAGCAAGGGAGAUGCACACGAUGCUGCAGAGGCGAUCGAGGUAAUUCAGCAGCUGCUCGGGCCGUGGCACGAGCGCGGUUUAGUCAAGGUCUCUCAUACGACUAAAAUCUACUAUCCGCCUCACCUCUUGUAGUGAGCAGGGGAGAAGAGGAAAACAGAAAUGCGAGAAUGUGUAGCGCGGUCGUUGCGAUUGUCUAGCACGCAGGUGUUCGUAGAGGCAUAUCGGACUUAAAUUUGGUCAAUGGGAUUCGGAAUCUGUAUGAU